AUGGUGGCCAGGAUGAGGGAGCCGCAGGGGUGUGGAGUCUGCGCAGCCGCUUUCACGCUUUUGAGCAGGCCAAGGAUAUGCAGACAGUGCAAACGCAACUGCUGUGCCAAUUGUGUUGAUACGAACUACUUUUCUCCGCGUGGCGUCAGCCCAGCGAAAGGAAAAAAGCACAGCGGCCAAGCAGAUUCUACGGGAUUAUGUGUCGACUGUGUUGUGGCGGAGGCAACCAGCCACUCCAUCUCUGUCCAAGAGGACCUGGAUCGCACCGAGGAGAUCAAUCGCGGGCUUAAACACGAGUUAAAGCGACAGCUUGUAGCCAUGGAGAAGUUCCGAGGUUUUCUGGUGGAGUUCUGCGAUGCAUUCGCGCCGGAGUCGGCGCUGUUCCAGGAAGGCGACAAGGCUGAGAACAACGGUGAGCAAGAAAGCGACUCCGAUAAAAAACUUGAUCCAACUCAACCUAUCGCAAACCUUGUGGCGCGGGGCCAGGACAGCCUGCAGAACCUGUAUGCACGAGUGAGACGGCUGCGCUCAGAACUUGACGCGGCCAACAGCGAUGGUAAUGGCCUCAAACUAGCAUUGGCCGAAACCAAAGCGCAGUUAGAAGCGGUGGCAAGUGAGCGUGACAGCUUGCAGGCAUCGCUGUACCAGAUCAAUGAAUCGCUACUCCGCCUGGAGGCUGAGCGGCAGCAGGUGGCCGAUCUGAGGCGUGACUACGAAGCAUUGCGAGCGCGCUGCAGCAAGAUGGAGCAGGCUCACAACGAACGAACAAGUCGACGUGACACGAAUUUGCUGUUGCAGCGUGGCAGUGCGCGGGAAGAACAGGCAGAGAACUGGAGGUGGUUCGCAGUGUGCUGCCCGCGGUUCGCUUUCUAA